CAGGCUGAGUUUCAGACAUUGCAUCACGAACACACACACACAUACACGUGCCACUCUAUGACUCUAGCAGCUCUCCACUCAUCUCCUCUCUCCUCCUCCUUCUCCUCCUCUCUCACCAUGGAGUCACAUCAUUGAAGAGUGCAUUGUUCCUCCUGUUUGCUCCUCUUCUCUCCUCUGCACUUGAUUCGGUGUGUUUGGGUGUCUGUUUGAAGGUGGGAAUGCUCGUGUCUGCGACAGCGCUGUUGGGGGCUACGCUGGGAACCGUGUCUGGAGUGUUGACUCUGUGUGGUCUCUCCCUGCUUUGCAAGAGCUGUAAAAAGGGGAAACUUGAGAGAGGGGACGAGACUGACCCAGAGAAAGCCAAACCCAGUAUCCUGCAUACUCUGACACAGUUCAGUGUGCAGAAAUGCACAGAACCCAUCCAGCCUCAAGCAUCUUUGAAGUUUCCUCAAAUCUACCGCCCCAAACCUUCUGUCACUUCUCAAGAGGUAGUAAACUACAAAGAACAUGGAGCUGCCAACGACACGUCUGCUGCUGAGCUCGACACCUGUAACCAGGCAACCGAACGUGAGGAGGUCUUCUCCCUCCCACGGCAAGUUUCCACAGAUGAAACUCCAUGUACAUCUGAGCAAACUGGUGCCAUGACGACAAGUAGCUCCAUCCUAUAUCCCAAACUGCACUUCUCCAUCAGCCUGCACAAAGAAAAUGGAGAGCUACACAUCAGCAUUGUAGAAGCUGAGAAUAUAUCAGUGGAGGCCGGAUGUGAGGGAUAUAUAUCAGGGUGUGUGAGCAUCUCUGAAGAGCAGAAGCAUGCUCACACAGCCGUCCACAAGCUGGCAGCGCAUGUGCAGUGGGGAGAGGAGCUGGUGUUCGCUCUCCCCAUGGAGGGCACAGAAGACACAGACAGUCUAGAUGGAGAGGUGGCUCUCUCACUUCACUGCUGUGAUCGAUUCUCCCAUAAUUCCACUCUGGGCACGAUGCGGUUUAAGCUGGCUGAUAUAAGCAUGAUGUUGGACGCUGAUUGCUGGGUUGAUUUACAGCCACCCAAACAGGAAGUGGCAUCAUCAGCUGGAGAACUACUAUUGUCACUCAGUUAUCUGCCAGCAGCCAAUAGACUUGGGGUGGUGGUAAUGAAGGCUAGAGGACUUCAUUCAGACAAACUGAAAGACAACAUAGAUUUAUCGGUAAAGCUGACCUUGAAACACCAAAAUGCCAAGCUGAAGAAGAAGCAGACGCGGCGAGUGAAGCACAAGAUGAAUCCGGUCUGGAAUGAGAUGAUGAUGUUGGAGCUGCCCAGUGAGCUUUUGGCUAAAUCCAGCGUGGAGUUGGAGGUACUGAACCUGGCCAGUCCCGGGACCCUGCUCCCUCUGGGCCGCUGCAUGCUGGGGCUCCACACCUCCGGCACCGGCCUGCAGCACUGGAAACAGAUGCUAGAUAAUCCACGCAAGCAAAUUGCAAUGUGGCAUCCACUUUACACCUAAGAAUACAGGUUCUACAAAUCAUCACCUACAUGCAAUGAUUGGCUUAACAUGGUUGGUUGGAGUUUUAUGAUAGUAUUCUAUUCCUGUGUAAAAAUAUGUAGUACUCCAAUAUGAUAAAUAAUUAACUAGAUAUAAUGAGUGAAUGCAGUUGUUAUCGUUACGUAUCAUGAAACUUUUCUCUGAAGGUAAAAGCUGUGGGAGACAGUCACAUACAGUACUAAUAUUGUUACACAGUAGUUUAGAGUAUUUUAAUGUACACAGUGCUGCAUUUACCUUUGGUGUUGUUGUUAAUGUGUCUUCAAAUUACUCAAUGCUAUUUAACACUGGUCCAACUUGGAGCCAACCUCAUCUCCUAAGACUUGUCAGAUAUAAAAUAUGACUGAACAGCCCACCCAGUCAAUAUCAUAGUGACUGAUGGGAGAGAGAGGCAAACGGCUCUGAUCUGACACACUGUAGAGUGUAAAGCCUGACUGGAUCAGAUCAGGACAAAUGUUAAACUAUUGUAUCUAACCAGGUUUGGCAGAACAGAUGUUCCUCAUAAUAUUAGGGUAAAACAACCUUUGUCAGAUGUAGCCCUUAUAUGAUCUGCAGGCAGAGUUUUUCUGUCAGUUUUAUGUGGUUGGGAACAGUUACAGAGUAAAAAAAAAAAAAAACAUUUAAAUAUAAAUAAUACAUUUUUAAGUUUAAUAGCAAGUAGUUUUGGUUUUCCUGUUUUAAAGGCUUAUGGAUCCUCUUAGUAACCAGUAACACACUAAAUAAAUAUACAGGGUCUCAAUAGGGCAGCUUUACGCUUUUCAAGAUGCAUGUAUACAGAAAAAAAAAUGUAAAUCUACCACUGUCUUCUAAUUAAAAAAAAAUGUAAAUAUAUAUAAACAGCAGAAUAUGUAUACUAUAUAUGUGUAUUAGCAGGAUGAUAGAUCACAACAUGAAGCUCCAUGAAGUUUAUCAUUUAUCAUCAUUAUUCACUUGAAUGAAAUGGAGGAUGAUGCUUUCUACCAUUAUUAUACUUAAGGACAUUUUGAACUCCUAACUGGAAUGAAAAUUACUCAGUUUGGGGACCUUUGAAAAUCUGUUUUUUUAUUGUAUUUUAUUUUUAUUUUUAAGCAUAAUUAUAAUAAAGGUAAUUGCAAAUGUGUAAAUGGUAAUUGCAAAUCAAAAUCUGAAUUGUGAAUAAAAAGCACAGACACAGAAUUGCGAGAUAUAAUCUAACAAGUCUUAGAAAACGAUUGCGAGACAUUAACUUUGAAUUCAGAUUAUUUCUUGUUAUCUCACAAUUCUUUAUAUCUCACAGUUCUCCCUCUCUGAUAAAAACUUGCAAUUAUAAGUUAACAUUUUGCACUUCUGAUCUUUUUUUUGUGCAAUUGUUAUAAACUCAGAAUUGUGAUAAAGUCACAAUUACCAUUUUUAUUCCUUUAUUCUGUGGCAAAAAUGAGCUUCCAUAUAUCUCACUUAUCAAACUACAGAUCUAUAGCUCAGUAUUGUAAAAUGUUGAAAUUUUGAUUCAUUAAAGAUAUUGGUCCCUUAAUGGUAACCUUAACGUAUGAACUUUAACCCAAGUUAGCAUAUGCUUACUUCUUUCCAAUUCCAAUUCAAAUUGCCAAAUGCCACUAAAAUCAAAUACAGUGUAUUGUGCAUCUAUCUGGAAAGGAUAUUUUGUGCUAUAACCAACACUGUGUCAUUCAGCCAAAUGCUAAAACCAAUCAAUCAGCUGCAGGCAAAUAUUAAAAUAAGUCCCACACGAUAUAGAUUCAUUGUGUGUAUUUUAGUCUUAAUCUGUUUUGUAUGACCUGAUGACAAUACAAUCUCCAACUAUCAUAAAUUAUUCUUCAGACUUCCAUUAUUUAAACUUCUUAAUAUCAUCAAAUUAAAAGCAAUGUUUUAAUGAUUAAUAAUCCAUUUAAUCAUUAGAUCAUUAAAAGAUGUUUAUGUGUAAUUAUUUUGAUAAAUUCAGCUGUAAAUAUAUUUGUAGAGGUUCUUUGGGUAGCAGUUAGAAGCAGUGAAAUCCCCCGUCUUGUGGGUAAAUCCAUUAGAUAACAAUCUUGUUUUGCCCUUCAGUCACGUUUGAAGAUUUACGGUUGUAAUGGUUAUUGAAUUACCAUAUUUUCUGUGCCUGAGACUUUUCCAGUGAGGGAUGACCAGUGGAAUGUUAAUCACUGCAAUAUGAUCCAUCUAUAGCCUAUGACUUUGCACAACACUCACGAUUUCAUACGGACAGCAAUGUAUUUUUAACCCACAGAUAAAUAGCCGUGUGUUGGUGUGAAAUAAAUAUUCCUUUCUCAA